AUGGGCGCUGUUUCUGAAGGAGGGUGUUCAGUGGAGCCUGACGCUGGUGUCGUCAGUGGGAUCGAUGAUACUAUUGGUACCACCAAGUCUGGGCUCCACAGUGGAACCCUGCGAGUCACUGAGUGGCUGGAGCCCAGUGGCACUGCCACUGGCAGUGGAGGGAAGGCACUGUGGUCCAUUACAAUUUUUAGACAUCCCCGUACCAAUCACCGUAUCAAAACCGGUUUGAUUUAUCCUACGAUCAUUUCCCCCGUCAAAACCGUUUGGCACCCCCGCUGCACACGUGGAAGUCAAAGCGUCGGGCAUCGGACGUUCCUCCUGCCGCUUAAGAUGCAGCAGCCCAACUACCCGCCGCGUGGUUAUGGCGGCCAGGCUCCGCCCCAGCAGCAGCAGGCGCCUCGCAGUGGCGGCGGAUACGCGCCUCCUAAUGCUGCAGGAUACGGCAACAUGCAGUACGACCAGCAGCAGCCCAUGUCACAGCCCACGGGAAGUUUACCUGCCCGCGGCUUCCCAGGUGUUCAGCAGCCUCAAGCUCCCCACUCAGGUAUUGGAGGUCGUCCAGGUUUCCCUGGCCACGUGCAGCAGGUGCCAACCCCAGGUUCUCAAGGCUCCUUCCGGCCUGGCCAACAAUUUGGCGGCCCGCCUGCUCCAGGCUCUCAAGGUUCAUUCCGACCUGGCCAGCAGCCUGGCCCGCCUGGCCCUCCAGGUCCGCCGUCCGAUGGAGCAAACAGUGGCGUACCACAGGUGAACCGCGGGCCACCUGGUGUUGCAGGACACAGUGCUUACCCAGGCCAGGGCCCACCCGCUCCCGGAUCGUUCCAGAAUGCGCCACCUGCAGCAGGACCAGGCUCGUUCCAGUCAGGGCCACCUGGCCCGCAAGGGCCACCGAGACAGCAGUUCCAGCAGGGUCCUCCUGGACCAGGACAGCAGUUCAACAACGCUUUACCUCAACACGGUGGCCGGCCGGGCCCCCGUCCUCCACAGCUUGGUGGCCAGAUGCAAGGCCCGCCGCCGCCACAGUUUAAUGGACAGCAGGGACCUCCUCAGGGAGGAGCUGCGCCAUAUCUUCAGCCUAAUCGUAAUGCAGGACCGUACCCAGGACCCCCCGGGCCGGGUGGUGCUGCGCCUUACGGUGCACCUGGUGCACCUGGCGCUCCAGGUGCGUAUGGCCAGCCGCAACAAGGAGGAUAUCCUCAACAGCAGCAGCCACAGGCGACUCAAGCUCCGAAGCAGCGUAUUGACCCGACCCAGAUCCCUCGUCCUGUUGUCUCGGCCGAGCGUGUGCAGUAUGUAGCUCGUGGCCACACCGUAACCAUGCCUCCCGCUGCGUCGAGUGACUAUGUGUGUGUGGACGAAGGCUGUUGCAACCCGCGCUUCAUCCGACCGACGCUGAACCAUGUUCCUGCCAACAAAGAUUUGCUGAAACAAUGUGGCCUACCGCUGGCCGCAGUUAUCUGUCCACUUGCAGACCUGCAAGAAGACGAGCUGCCAAUUCCACUGGUAGACUUUGGCCCUAGUGGCCCGUUGAGAUGCACACGCUGCGCUGCUUACGUGAACUCCUUUACUAAGUUUAUACAGGGUGGACGCAAGUUCGUAUGCAACAUUUGUCAGCUGAACAACGAGACACCGAGAGACUAUUACUGCAGUGUGGACCAGUACGGCAAGCGUCGUGAUAUCCAGGAGCGUGCAGAGCUGUCGCGUGGCUCGGUGGAGUAUGUUGUGCCUGCAGCCUACACGAUCCGCCCGCCGCAAGAGCCCAUUCUUGUCUUUGUGCUCGACGUGUCUCUCUUUUCCUUCCAGACUGGGCUCGCUACUAGUGCCUUGCAGUCGAUUCAGUAUCUGCUGCCGUCGAUGGCUCAGAACAAGCGCAAGAAGAUUGGUAUUGUGACGUUCGACACGGCCGUGCACUACUAUCGUAUGGACAACGGCUCGUCGUCUAUCUCGAUGAGCAUUUGUCCCGAUAUUGAUGAUCCCGUGGCUCCACUACCUCCUAGUAGCUGGCUGGUCUCCAUGGAGGACCCAGCUGCGUCAGAAAAGAUCACAGAGCUAUCGGAAGUCAUCACGCGCUCGUUUGAGAACACUACAAAGAACCAAGCUGUGUCAGGUGCUGCGUUAUGGAGUGUGGCUGACGCUCUGGCCGUGUCAGGAGGACGUGUGGUGUUGCUUCACGCUGGAGCUCCUCGUAUGGGCAUUGGCAGAGUGAAACGCGAAGAAGUUAGCGGCGCAUACGGCACUACGAAGGAAGUGGAUCUGUACACCCCCGAGGACAACAACGCGUACGAGAUUCUGGCUCGACAGUGCGCUGAGCAUCAUAUUUCUCUGGAUGUGUUCUCAGUUGCCAACACAUUUGCAUCUUUGGCCGAUGUGGGUCGUGUGUGUGAGAUGACAGGUGGUCGUGUGCAGUACAUGCCUCAGUUCGAGAAGGAGCAGUCAAGUAAUCGUCAUCAUCUUACCAGUAUGCUGCAGCGACUUGUGGAUCGUGACUGUGGCUAUGAAGCUGUGCUCAAGGUGCGCUGUAGUGCCGGAUUGCGUGUGGAGCACUCGUACGGCAACUUUUUCAACGCGCGUGGCAACGCCUUUACGACAGAUGAGAUGGAGUUUGCGGUGAUCGACCAGGACCGUUCGAUGUGCGUCACGUUCGCAUACGACGAGCCUCUUGCUGAGAGCACCGACGCAUACAUCCAAGCAGCUCUACUGUACACGCGUAGCGAUGGUUUGCGUUGUGUGCGCGUACACAACUUGGCGCUGCAAGUGGAGCCGUUGCUGUCGAAUGUGUUCCGGUUCGCCGAUCUGGACGCCACGUGUUCUGUGUGGCAACGUUCGGCAGCGCGGCAGUUCGUGGACAAGCAGCUCAUGCGUGCGACGCCUAUGGCUGUCAAGGAGUCGCUGGUUGAUCAGUGUGUGACUGUGUUGUUCAACUACCGCAAGUUCUGCGCUUCAUCUUCAUCCUCGGGCCAACUUAUCCUACCGGAAUCUCUCAAGUUGCUGCCUCUAUACACACUGGCAACGCUCAAGAGUCGUGCGUUGCGUGGGAACCUUGUGGGCAACCCACCGCGUGGAUUUAUCGAUGUGCGUGCAGACGAGCGAGUUUUGAUGAUGGGACUGCUUAACAGUCUACCGGUAGAGUUCUGCGUAUCAGCCGUCUACCCGAAGCUGUACAGUGUCCACGACCUGGCAGAUGACUGCUGCACAUUGGACGAAGAUGGCAAGUUCAUUCUGCCUCCGCAACUCCCGCCGACUGCUGAGAAACUGGACGAAGAAGGCAUUUUCCUCUUGCACUCGGCCAUGUGCUGCUACAUUUACAUUGGCCCCAAGGCUUCGCCCGAGUUGCUGCUUGACCUCUUUGGUGUGGACCAUGCUGACACAGCCGAGCAGACUCUCACCUUGUUUGAGACACUGGAUACUGAGCCGCCCGAGGGCGACGGGAUGAGUGCUCGUGAGCGACUGCGCUCGCUGGUGGAGUACGUGAACUCGACGAUUCCCAUCUCGCAGCCGCUGGAGAUCCUGACCAAGAACGACUGGCGUGCCAACCGCUUCAUGAGUGCUCUUGUAGAGGAUCGCACACGCAACGACGUGUCGUACGUUGAGUUUUUGGUCCAGGUGCACAAGAAGAUUCAGUACAAGUUCCACUAGACCCACACACAAGACAGAGGUAAGAGGGUGAUGGAGGCGACAUCAAGAACAAAGAACUCGUGCGGUGUCUUGCUUGCUCGUCAUCAAUACAGUGCGUUUUUGUCAGCAUUA